CUCUUUUCCUGCCACCGCCGAGUCGCGCGGAGGCGGGCGCACGCGUGCAUUCAAGAUUCGGGUCCACCCGUAACCCACCGCCAUGGCCGAGGAAGGCAUCGCUGCUGGAGGUGUAAUGGACGUUAAUACCGCCUUACAAGAGGUGCUGAAGACCGCCCUCAUCCACGAUGGCUUGGCACGUGGGAUCCGCGAAGCUGCCAAGGCCCUAGACAAGCGCCAAGCCCAUCUUUGUGUGCUCGCAUCCAAUUGCGAUGAGCCUAUGUACGUGAAGUUGGUGGAGGCCCUCUGUGCCGAGCACCAGAUCAACCUGAUUAAGGUUGACGACAACAAGAAGCUGGGGGAAUGGGUAGGCCUGUGUAAAAUCGACAGGGAGGGAAAGCCCCGCAAGGUGGUUGGCUGCAGUUGUGUGGUGGUGAAGGACUACGGCAAAGAGUCUCAGGCCAAGGAUGUCAUCGAGGAGUACUUUAAAUGCAAGAAAUGAACAAAUAAAAAACUUGACUUUUGCUCA